GGGUGUUCGUUAGACGUUGCUAUACUCAGCUCGACGAGCUCUAUCGAUUGGCUAACUCAGAUUUUAAUUUGGGGGUGUUCGUGGGUGUUCGCGUCUUUUAGCAAUACCCAAAAAAUUUUCUUUUUUUUGACAUCUCUUCCAGAAGGAGAUUUCACCUGAAAUACGUGAAAUGUUUGGAAAAGCUUGAAAAUCCCAAACCGAAAACCUAAAAAUCGAAAAAGUGGACUUUUGUCAUAUUUUAAUUUUUUCUUGUUCUAUUUCCCAUUUUAAAAAUCUGAGUUACACAUGAAUCGAACGAGUAGAAAAAAACUGAACAAGAUAGGCUAGUUUUAAGAGGUUCAACUCAUAAAGUUAGUGGUAAAAAAAAUUCAAUUCAGAAGGAUAUCCUUAUACAACAGAAUAGCAGAGGAUCAUGAACACUUUUACAAAAGAACUGCUCAAUGUAUCGAAUAAAACUGUUUUCUGGCCUGUUCAAUUUUUUUGGGAAAAAACCUGAAAAAUUUUACGGACUCACCAGAAAAACCUGGCAGAUAUUUCGAAUUUUUCACUCUCAUUCAUUUUUUUUCUUUCUUUAUAAAUCUAGGUGAGAGUUCCAGUAUGCCAUCGAACUAUAUUCGUUUGUGUUGUUUACCAUCUUCAUCUUGGUGUCAUGUAUUAUUUAUAUUAUCCUCAUCGGAUACUUUAUCUAAAAAAUGUAGCAUUCGUGUAUAUUUAAAUGGACUAUCUUUAUCUUGUUACGAUUGUCCUCAAUCAAAAUUUUCUCCAUCUUUUUCUUCGACAAAAUCAAAUUGGUUAUUAUCAAUUGGUCAACGUUCACUUGAUCAAUGUACACCUUAUUAUUAUGAUUUAGGAACUCUAUUAUUAUUUGAUAAAGAAUUAUUUAAUAAUGAUUAUAUUCUCUCCUAUUUGUAUAGUCUUGGCUCGGAUCAAUGGCAUUUUUUAGACACUCCACAAAUGGCGACAACAUCAACAAUCGGAGAUUAUUGGGUUUAUCGUCGAUUUUCAUUAUUACAUUUAAAUAUUACAAUUGAUAAAUUUGAUCAAGAACAAGCCUAUUGGCGUUCAGUACUCAAACGUUCUAUAAUUGGGUCCUAUACACCAAGUUAUCCAUGGACAUUAUUCACAUUUAGUACUUCAAAUGAUGAUGCAAAUAUCACUUCAUCAUCAAGUGUUUCACAAAGUAUUCUUGCCAAAGUAUUCUUUCGUUCAAGUACUUUAGCAUUGACACCGCCUAAUCAAUCAUCAACAACAAAUACAUCCGUCAUUGAUUUUGAUCUAUGUUCGUAUGCUCGUACAAUAUCAUUACCAUCAAAAAUAAUUGUUGAAUAUUCGACAACAAUUUUAAAUGUUUGUGAACGUAGUGGCGGUGUUCUAAAUUUUAUCUAUUUAUAUGCAAAAAUAAUUGAAUUAACAUUGUACGAACAAACAGAUUUUUAUCUUUUACAUGUGACAGAUAUUUUAUUUACAUGUAUAUGGAAAAUGAAAUCAUACUAUGAUUUAUUUCAUUCACUUAAUGGAUAUAAUCUCAUUGUAAAAGUUUUAUCCUCUCAACAAAUAUAUACAAAAAUAACGACAAAACUUUAUAAAACAAUGUUAAUUCAUAGUUUAAAUAAAAUUAAAUAUUCAUCAUCACUAAUGAAUGGACAUAUCUAUGAUAUUCAUUUAUUUAUGCAAAUAUUAUUGGAAUGGAAAAUAUGGAAACAAUCACCACAUCUCUAUCAUAAAAUAUUAGACACGUGUGAAUUGUUAUUGAAUGAUCAACAAUGUCAACAUUAUUUGUCAAAUAGACAAUUGUUUAAAAAACAUUUCGCAUUAGAUCGUCUGUUAAUUAUCUGCCAAGAAAUAAUUGAAGAUACUAAUAAUACUAAUCAACAAAGCGAUGGUUUAAUAUUAACUGAUCAUAUGGCAUCAUCCAUCGUGAAUAUAAUUGAAUACUUAUUAGAAUUUGAUCUCAAUUAUAUUUCAACCAUAAUGAAUUUUGUUCUAUUAAUACAUCCUCUGGUUAAAACGUAUGUAACGUAUAACAAGGAACACUUCUACUUUGUUCAGCACUAUCCAAAACAGAAACAACAACAACUUCGAGAAACAGUAGAUGAAAAUGAAGAAAUAACGUUUACAAACAAUAGUAUUGAUAAUGAACAUACAGAUAUAGUCAAUGGCAUUGAUACAUUCAGUUUCAGCGAUGAUCAGUAUCAAUUUCGUCGCCGAUGUACAACUGUUGUUGAUGAUUCAGCUCCAAUUAUAUUUAAUAAUAAUCAACAGUUAAGACAAGAACCAAUUAUUAAUAAUGAUUCUAAACAAUAUAGUGAGAAGAAAGUAUCUAUAUCUAAUAUUGGUCCAAUUCGAAAAUCUCGUUCAUUUUCUGAUUUUUUUACUUCAUCUCUCGAAUUUGGACAACACCAAAAACGUCAAUAUGGUUUAACAAUAGUUAAUCCUACAUUUUAUGAUGGCGCAUCAACAAAUGUAGCUGAUAAAACAAGAUUGAAUGAUAACCAAAUUGAUUGUAUUAGUCACAGUGUAGAAUUAUUAUCAAGUGGACUGUUAAAAUUAUUAACAACAAUUGUUGUAACAGCUCCUGAUCGUUUAAUGUUAAAAUUAAUUGAUAAUGUAUUUCGUAUAAAUAUUUUAGUCGUUCUUCUAUUAGAUUCAAAUAUUUUAAAACGAAUACAAUGUUUGAAAUUAUUAGAUGCAUAUUUAAAACGUUUACAACCAAAUAAAAUACGAGAAGAUUUAAUUGAAACAGAUCUUACUUUUAUGAUGGCUAAUCAAUUGUAUCAAUAUGAAAUGAAUGGUGAUCAAACAUCAAUUGAUCAACAACAACAAUUAAUUGAAACAUGUCUAACGAUUGUCUUUCAACGACCAAUUACAUUAAAUCAAUCACAAAACAUUGUCGAUCAAAUAUCAAGUCAUGAAAAUUUUUUUUCAUUUUUAUCAUCAACUUCGUCAAAGCCACACAUUUGUCCAAUGAGUCAAAUUGGUCUCGCAUUAUUACUAUCACUAAUUGAAAAAUUAACAUUAUCUAAAUCGGGUGUAUAUUUAUGUCAAAUUUCAAUAUACUUAUUAAAUCAAAUAAUUGAACGUUCUAAUGAAUUUUAUCGUCAAUAUUUGAUUGAUAUUGGUCUAUGUGAAGUUCUAUUUAAUACUUUGUGUUCAUGUAUGCAACAAAUUAAAGUAAAUAAACAAGAUAUGUUUGAAUCAUACAAAAAUGUUAUUAUAAAUAUUCAACUCUGUUUUAAUUCAUUGGUAGCCUGUUUAUAUGCAACUGUUAAUGGAACAUCAGCAACAUUUACUAAUAUACUGAACAUACUAAUAAAAAUGAUUCAAGAACAAUUUAUUGAAGAAACUGCUCAUCCUGGAAAUUGGAAAAUGGAUCAUUUUGACUUAAGUGUGUUACAUCAAACAUUAUUUAGCGUUUUGAGUACAAUAAUUGAUUUAACUGAAACAUUGUGUCAUUUGAGUAAAAUACAUUCGCCAAUUAAUCAGCGUAGACUAUCAAAUCACGCCAUAUCACCAUUAUCGCGUUGUUCAUCGACAGCAUCAUUAAAUGUCAAUUCAUCAAGUAAUUCGCUUGAUCAAUCUUUAAAAAGUUCAUUAUCAGAGAUUCAACUAAAAAUUUCAUUUGGUUUUAUGAAAAAUAGUUCAGAAAAUCUUGUACCACUUCGCGUAUUAAAUAACUAUAAUGAUGAGUCAACAUCGAAUAAUGAAAAUGCAUCAGCAGCAACAACGUUGUUUGAUCAAUUUGAUUUAGGUGAUCGUUUUCGUAAAUAUUUACAAUUAUCCGUUGAUUAUAUUGAAAUGAUUUAUUUUGAUCAUCCAGCUACCACUGAUUCAUUAGAACAGUAUACAUUGAAAUUAUUUGAUUUGUGUCUAAAUGGUAUUGCCUAUAAUUUAGAAAAGAAACCGUUAACUACAACACAAUCAUCAACGGAUAAUAGUAAUACUAGUGAAAAAUUAACAAAAAGACGUUAUUGGGCUAUAUUAAUGUUUCGUUGUCGAGAAAUAAUUAAACAAAAAUGCUCAAAAUUAUUAACAUUAACAUUAAAUCCAGAUAAACAACGUGUCCAAUUUCGUUGUGAAAUAAUUAAACAUAUUUUAAAUCAACCAAAUUCAAAACAAAUUUUAGAUUAUUUAUUUUCUAAUGAUUUACAUCUAUAUGAGAAAGUAUUAGUCUAUUUUAAUCAACUAUGUAAUUGGAAAGAACAGGAGAAUGGUAAAGAACGAUAUAACAUUUAA